GAAACAUGUUGCAGCAGCGAAGAUGAACGAGGCUCCUAACGAUGUGGCAUCCAGCGUGGUAGACUACGAAGAUCUGAUGGCACCAUGGGCGUACAAUGCGGCCGCCAUCACACUGUUCUUUAUCGGGUUCUUUGGAUUUUUUCUCAACCUUUUCGUAAUUGCACUAAUGUCCAAGGAUAUGCAGCUAUGGACACCGAUGAACAUCAUAUUAUUCAAUUUGGUUUGCUCCGACUUUUCCGUGUCGAUCAUCGGCAACCCGCUAACGCUCACGUCGGCCAUCUCCCAUCGCUGGAUCUUCGGACGGACGCUGUGUGUGGCGUACGGGUUUUUCAUGUCCUUGCUCGGAAUUACCUCCAUCACGACGCUUACGGUGCUGUCGUACGAACGGUACUGUCUCAUCAGCCGCCCAUUUUCAUCACGAAAUUUGUCACGCAAAGGAGCCUUCCUGGCGAUAUUCUUCAUCUGGGGCUACUCGUUCGCCCUAACCUCGCCGCCACUGUUUGGCUGGGGAGCAUACGUGCAGGAGGCAGCUAACAUUAGCUGUUCGGUGAAUUGGGAGUCCCAAACGAAAAACGCCACCACUUACAUCAUUUUUCUGUUCGUUUUCGGGCUAGUCGUCCCGUUGAUAGUAAUUGUGUACAGCUACACCAACAUCAUCGUUAACAUGCGCGAGAACUCUGCUCGCGUUGGGCGAAUUAAUCGAGCUGAACAGCGUGUCACCUCGAUGGUGGCGGUGAUGAUCGUCGCCUUCAUGGUUGCGUGGACACCGUACGCCAUCUUUGCGCUUAUCGAACAGUUUGGACCACCGGAACUGAUUGGACCGGGAUUGGCCGUUUUACCGGCACUCAUCGCCAAAUCAAGCAUCUGCUACAACCCGAUCAUCUACGUCGGCAUGAACACACAGUUUCGGGCAGCAUUUACCCGGGUGCGCAACAAGGGACAAGGUGGACAAAUGGCGGACCAAAACACCACCACCAUGCAGCGUGAGCUAACCAAGAGCAGCCGCGAUAUGGUGGAGUGUAGUUUCGAUUUCUGUCGUAAGAAAAACCGCUUCAAAAUUAGCCUAGUGAAGCCGACCGCUCCGUUGGCGGUGGUGGAUGUGUCGAGUAGCUCGCAUCCGGGCAAGGGAACGAGCCGAUCGCCCCUGGACCAAACGGUGCUGAACGAGAUGAACGAUGAUGGUGGUGGUGGUGGGCGCGAACGUAGCAGUGUUUACGGUGGUACCCGGUUCGUGCGUCCAGACUUUGAAUUAUCUGUGAUUAAUAGUGGAAAAUCGAUACUGAUAAAGUCGAAAAAUUUUCGGUCCAAUUUACUAUAAAAGCGCACGUGAUAC